UUUCAAAUGUUUAAUCUGACUACACAGUCCUCCUAGAAAAGACGAAGCGAAAUAUAGAUAAAAGUUGAACAGUUUAUUCUAUGGUGUUUUAAUGAAAAUAAUUAAUAAUUAAAUCAUGUUAGCCCAGUAUAUGGACGAAUUUGAGCAGGAGCCUUUUGAAGUGUCAGAAUUUAUUGAGCGGCUGACAUGGCGUAUAAACAACGAAGUUGGAAUCAGCGGUAAAAAUGCAGACGACUUCAAUCCCGUAGCACUCCACGAUACUUUUAUUCAAACCAUAAAAGACAUGAAAAUUUUACAAGAGAAGCAGCAGGCGAAAUGUGAACGGCUGGAGGAGUCACUGCGCCAAGAACAGUCAGCACAUACCAAACAAAUAUGCAAACUGCAAGAACGUCAUCAGGUCGCAAUCGACUGGUUCGGUCAACUGGACGAGAAAAUAAAUUCGGUAGCAGGUAAAAUUAUACACCUUGGCGAGCAAUUGGAAAAUGUGAAUACGCCUCGUAGUCGCACUGUGGAAGCACAAAAACUGCUGAAUCACAUGUCUGAAUUUCUUGUCCCCGGCCCUAUACUCAACGACAUUUUCACCGAUCCAACGCGACUUUACGAAGCAGCUGAUGUGAUCCAAAAACUUUUUACAAUUUCACAAGAUUUACCGGUGGAGAAGUUUGCUGAAUCGAAAAGGAAAAUCGAAAAAAUGUAUGAUGAUGUUGAGCGGCGCCUAAUUGAAGAGUUUGCUACAGCGCAAAAGUGCGAAGAUAUUGAAAAAAUGAAAAAGUUGGCACAGAUUUUAUCUCAGUUUAAAGGUUACGCCCAGUGUAUUGAUGCAUAUAUUGAACAGAGUCAAAUGACUCCAUAUGGCGGAAAGGAUAUUUUUAUCGGAAUAGCGCCGAUGUGCAAACAUCAUUAUGAAAUCAUCAAAAAAGUAUUUGCACAUCCCGGGCAAGUCAUGUCAAAGUUUAUACUCAAUAUUUACCAGUUAAAGUUACAUCAAUAUGCGCUAACUAAAUUGGAUGAUAAAAAGGACGAAGAGAAAUACUUGCGUACGCUAUACGAAUUGUACUCGCGUACAUUAAAAUUGUCAGCAGAUCUACAAAUCUAUAUGUCUACCAUGGAUGACGAUCUACUGCAGAAGUUGACACAACAAAUCUUCACAAAACAUUUGGCAAACUAUGUGGAGGUUGAGGCAAAAUGUCUUACAACAAAAUGUUCAACCGAAUUGGAACGGUUUUAUGUUAAUAAAAAGCAUCAGAAGAAGCCAACGGAGCGUUUCCAAGAAUUAAGACGCGAUAUGCAGGCACUAAUCGGUACACGUGCGAAUAUCAACAUUGCCCAGAUUGAAGAUUACGGUGGGGAGACCUUCCUGUGUGAAGAGUUAGCAAUAAAUAUGCUGCAGGAGGCAAAAGCUGCGCUCAAACGAUGCCGUCUACUUUCCACUCCUAUUGAAUUACCAACUAACGUGAUAAAAUUAAAUGAUAUUUUAUUACGUUUCCUUAUGCACGAACAUGUUGUGUAUGCUCUGGAACUGGGACUGCAGGCAAUACCGAUAGCAGAAGGCAAAACAUUCCCACAACUUUACUUUUUUGAUGUGGUACAAAAAACCAAUAUCAUUGUGCAUUUACUGGAAAAACUCUCGAAUAGUGCCGUCAUACCUUGUAUAAUCAAUACACCAAAAUACUCAGAUUAUAUGUUUAAAAGGCGCUUACUAAUGGAACAGAUCGAGAAAUCUUUAGACCAGGGACUUGAGCGUUCAAUUAAUGCGGUAAUCAGCUGGGUUAAACUAUAUUUACAAAGCGAACAAAAGAAAACAGAUUAUAAGCCGGAAACUGAUAUGGACACAAUUUCGUCAGCGGCUUGUCUACAGGUUGUACAAAAUUUGCAGCCUGCCAUUAAGCAAGCAAAACGUUCUGUAGAUGGCGAUAAUUUACAAAAUGUCCUACACGAAUUUGGUGUACGUUUCCAUCGCGUCAUUUUCGAUCACUUGCAAACCAUGCAAUACAAUACGGCGGGUGCUAUGUGCGCAAUCUGUGAUGUGAAUGAGUAUCGUAAAUGUAUUCGGGAGUUGGAAAAUCCGCUGGUCACGCAACUUUUUGAUAUACUGCAUGCAUUGUGCAACCUGCUGCUGGUGAAACCAGAAAAUUUGCAAGAAGUUUGUACCGGGGAAACUUUGAACUACUUGGAUAAAUCGGUCGUACGACAAUUCAUACAACUACGUGCUGAUUUUAGAAUUAUCAAAAACACCAACUAUCUCAAAGGCAUAAUGGAGUAAAAGAAAAAGCCAGCGUCGAUAUACACAAUUAAUAUUAUUAGUAAGCAGUUUAAUCAAAAAAACAAAAGAUAUAUAUAUAUAUGUUAGUAGCAAUAAAAGUAUUUAAACAACCGCUAUUUGAAAUAAGAAAAGAAUGGAAUUUCCCAAGCAAAUAAAUAAACGUCAUUUUACCAAAUAUAAAAUCAA